UCACGGAGGUGACAACCUGGUGAUUCUAAUAUUCAUUGAUGCAGCACUGGCCAUUUCUCCUACUGACACUCCUUGGCUUUUGUUGCACCAUUCUCAAAAUUCUUUCCAAGUGCUCAACAAUUUUUUCUUACUCCCAAUUUCUUAUCUUUCUUUUUGCACCUUCUUCCGGCAUCUGUUGUUACUCUUUUUUUUCCUUGCCUCUGCUCUAUGGCUAAGAACAAACCCGUAGCCUCCUCCUCGUGACUCUCCAAAGAAGUACCAACAGAUUUUGUGUGAAGGCUUCAAUCUUUUUGGUUACCCAUUUCGACAACUUAUAAGGUUCCAACCUGAUUCUGUUGAUAACCAGUAUUGUGUAUAUGGCCCAAACUUUCAUUCCUUCAAGAUUUUUCAUUCGAAUUUGCCCCAUUCAUUAGCUCUGAUAUGAUAUCAUUAGAAAAGAACCAUGAGAUGAGCAUUUGAAUGACCUCACAAACUGACCUCAUGCCUGUUUUGGCAUCAAUGCUAUUCUUCCACUUUGAUCAUACAGUAAAGGGUACAAGUUUGGGUACGCUCUGUUUUUUUCAGCUUCUAUUACUACCCAUUAGACAUUGAUAUCUGUUUAUGCUAUCUUGAGUAUGGAAAUCCCACUCCUAAGCUACCAUUUUCCUUUCACUGUCAAGGACAAGAAAUCUAUGUUUUCUGGGUAUUGUUUUUCAUUUAGUAGGAGAAAAUGGAUAAACCCUUUUGAUAGGAUUAGGUGUUGUUCACUGGAAGUACAAGGGGUGCAGCAGCCAUGGCUGAAGCCGAAACCGUCGAAAAUUGAUGUUGGGGAGAGGAAAGAGACGGUUUUGGAAGAACCCCAGAUGAGAAAACAUCCCAGUUCUGGGAUUUGUAGUCAGAUAGAGAAGCUGGUUUUAAAUAAGAGGUAUAGGGAGGCACUUGAGUUGUUUGAGAUUUUGGAGUUUGAGGGUGGUUUUGAAUUGGAAUCUAGCGCAUAUGAUGCACUGAUUAGCGCUUGCAUAGGUUUGAAGUCGAUUAGAGGGGUGAAAAGGGUGUUUAGUUAUAUGAGCAGUAAUGGGUUUGACUUGGAUUUGUAUAUGAGGAACAGGGUGCUGCUUAUGCAUGUCAAAUGUGGGAUGAUGAUUGAUGCGCGUAAGUUGUUUGUUGAAAUGCCGGAGAAGAAUUUGGUCUCCUGGAAUAUGAUAAUUGGGGGGCUUGUGGAUUCCGGUGAUUAUGCUGAGGUGUUCCAGCUGUUUUUAAUUAUGUGGGAGGAGUCUUUAGAUGGUGGGUCGCGCACAUUUGCCAUGAUGAUUCGGGCAUCUGCUGGGUUGGGACACAUUUUCGUGGGAAGACAGCUUCACACUUGUACUUUAAAGAUGGGUGUUGCUGACAAUAUAUUUGUGACUUGUGCUCUAAUUGACAUGUAUAGUAAGUGUGGGAGCAUUGAAGAUGCUCAAUGUGUAUUUGAUGAGAUGCCGGAGAAGACAACAGUUGGGUGGAAUUCCAUUAUUGCAGGUUAUGCACUUCAUGGUUAUAGUGAAGAAGCUGUCAGUAAGUUCUAUGAGAUGCGUGAUUCUGGUGUUGAAAUGGACCAUUUCACAUUUUCAAUGGUUUUAAGAAUAUGUACGAGGUUGGCUUCUUUAGAGCAUGCUAAGCAAGCUCAUGCGAGUUUGGUUCGUCAUGGUUUUGGAUUAGAUAUAGUAGCGAACACAGCACUUGUAGAUUUCUAUAGCAAAUGGGGGAGAAUGGAAGAUGCCCGUCAUGUCUUUGACAAGAUGCCACAAAAGAAUGUUAUAUCUUGGAAUGCCUUAAUUGCUGGCUAUGGUAAUCAUGGUCAUGGAGAAGAAGCUAUUGAGAUGUUUGAGCAGAUGCUUCAGGGAAAAAUGAUACCCGACCAUGUCACCUUUCUUGCAGUUUUAUCUGCUUGUAGUUAUUCAGGUUUAUCAGAACGUGGGUGGGCGUAUUUUAAAUCAAUGAGUAGGGAUCACAAGAUUAAGCCCCGUGCUAUGCAUUAUGCAUGUAUGAUUGAAUUAUUAGGUAAAGACGGUCUUUUAGAUGAAGCCUUUGCACUGAUAAAAAGUGCUCCAUUUAGGCCUACAGCUAACAUGUGGGCUGCCCUGCUGACAGCUUGUCGUGUCCAUGAGAAUUUAGAGAUUGGAAAAUUGGCUGCUGAGAAGCUUUAUGGAAUGGAGCCUGAAAAGCUUAGUAAUUAUUUUGUGCUUUUAAAUAUAUACAACAGCUCUGGCAAGUUGAAGGAAGCUGCUGCUGUUGUUCAGACCUUAAGAAGAAAGGGUAUGAGAAUGCUUCCAGCAUGCAGUUGGAUUGAAGUUAAAAAGCAGCCGUAUUUUUUCCAUUCUGGAGAUAAAAGCCAUGCCCAAACGAAAGGGAUAUACCAGAAAUUGGACAACUUGAUGCUAGAGAUUUCAAAACAUGGUUAUGUUCCUGAGAGAAAAAAUUUGCUUCCCGAUGUUGAUGUUCAGGAAGAGCGGGUUAUAUUGUACCACAGUGAGAAACUGGCAAUAGCUUUUGGGCUGAUCAACACUCCAGGUUGGACACCACUGCAAAUUGUGCAGAGCCAUCGGAUUUGUGGUGACUGCCACAGUGCAAUUAAGUUAAUAGCCAUGGUUACUGGACGUGAAAUUGUUGUGAGGGACGCUAGCAGAUUCCACCAUUUUAGAGAUGCCAGUUGUUCAUGUGGGGAUUAUUGGUGAUUACUAAAUAUGUUUGCAUCAAAGGGAUUAAACAAAAAAAUAUUUUAUUAACCAAAAAACACCGUAUCAGUCACA